UUCUGUAAUAAACCAGUCCCCUAGUCAUUGCUGACGAUAUCUCACCUAGGAUUCAGCGAAAGUUGCUGUCUUAGUGAAGUUUUCUUCCUCAUUGUGAUUUGGUCAGGUCUACAAAUGGGGAGGCACUCUUGCUGUUACAAGCAGAAGCUAAGGAAAGGUCUUUGGUCUCCCGAAGAAGACGAGAAGCUUUUAAGUCAUAUCACAAAAUACGGACAUGGUUGCUGGAGCUAUGUCCCUAAACAAGCUGGUUUGCAGAGGUGUGGAAAGAGCUGCAGAUUAAGGUGGAUUAAUUAUUUGAGGCCUGAUUUAAAGAGAGGUACAUUCUCUCAAGAAGAGGAAAAUCUCAUAAUUGAACUUCAUGCAGUUUUGGGUAACAGGUGGUCCCAAAUAGCUGCACAACUGCCGGGAAGAACCGACAACGAAAUUAAGAAUCUAUGGAACUCUUGCUUGAAGAAGAAGCUUAGGCAGAGGGGCAUUGACCCUGUCACUCACAAACCCUUAUCCGAGGUUGAAAAUGGAGACGACGACAAGCAGACAAACAGCAAGGACACGGCUUCCGGUUCAGCUUCUCCGAGCUUGAAGACGAUGAACAGCGGCGAUAAAUUCUCGAUCACUCACCAUGAAACAAUAAGGACCAACAAUCAGCAGCCAUCUGAUUUGGUGGGGCAUCUUCCGAUUCAACAGUUGAACUAUGCGUCGAAUUCGAGGCUCUCGUCCAGCUCGAAUCCUCCUAUCUGGUUCAACCAAACCAGCCAAGCUUUCGAUAUCAAUUCCGAAUUCUCUUCGGCCACGAUGUCCACUUUUCUCCCGCCAUUGACGACGACCUCUUUUCUCUCUUCUCCUAUGGGGUUCAAGCCUUCCGUCACUGUAAAUGGUUCCCACUAUUGGGAAACUGGAGCGGCCUCGGCGAACAACAGCAACAGCAGCAGCAACAGCACCGACCUACAAAGCAACAGUUGUAGCACACCACAGAAAGAGACGACUCCUUAUCCAAUCCAUCUAAUGGAAAGUCAAGCUGAAGACAUCAAAUGGGCUGGACAUCUCAAUAACCCAUUAUUAAUGGCGGCUGCUUUGCAAAACCAAACUCCACAAUUAUACAACACCGACAUCAAAUCAGAAACAGAUUUCUUCACUAAUAAUUCAUCAAACACCAUGUGGCCUCAUUACCACCAACAGCAAGAAGCUAUACAAAAUCCCAGCAGCUUAUGGACACAUUUAGCUUUGCAUCCAUGAAAGUGAAGAACUUGAAUUGAACCGAUACCAUUCUCGUAUAUCAGGUGUGCAUCACAGUUUUUUUUUCCUUUUAAUUCUCGUGUAUAUAGGUCUGAUAUAAAGAUUAAUCAUCACC